CUCAACCCUGUCUGCAAGGUGGGGUUCAAUACCCAAGAGCGCAGAUGACGUGUCCUGUCCAAGCCAUAUAUGCCCCUAUUUCUCGCGACUUUUCCUUUUGGCACAACUCGACAAUAAUCCUUGACUUGUCAGACUUUGCUUCACCAUGUCUGUUGGUCUAGUUUUAUCGCAACUUGAGACUCUGGUGUCCCGGAUAGAACUGAUGGGCACAAGACUUUCCAACAAGACGAUUCGGCCCACAAGCAAUCAGCGAGACCAUUUCCAGGGACUGAGCGCGAGACUGAGAGCAGCCCUAGCAAUCAUCGAUAUUAGGAUUGGAGAGCUGCUCAGUCCAACUGACAAAGAAAUCGGGCUUGCUAAUCAAGUUCGAUCCGCAAAGAUUUACGUGUCAAUAACAUCACCAAUACUGACGCUUCUUAGAAGGAAUCUUGCUCUCAUUUUCACGGGUCCAACACCAUCCAAUCUAGAUUCUGCUCAUGUCCAAGCAAGAAAGAAACAGACUAGGACGAGAUGCGAGACACUUCGUAAACAAAAUACUCACCUUAUUCUGAUGUGGGCAAUGACGAUCCCCCCCUCAACGUGGAAAUCAUCUGCUGGGAUGACUGACUCUACUUUCUAUUUUCUCGUUGAGGAGCUGGAGACGGAGCGAAUGAUACGAAUUUCAUCUCAGCUACUAGAAUCCUUGCGGUCUAUGGCAAAGGACGAACCGUUAACUACAUGUGGAGCCUUUCAUACGUUUGUUGUGGAUGUAUCGAAAUUAAUAACCCCCGACGAAGACGUGCCAGAGCAAGGUAUCAACGAGGCGCACACAAACAUUCUAACUGCUAAGAAUGUGCUGGCGAUACAAUAUGGAAGGCAAAUUGACUAUAGAUGUUCAGGAGUACCAAUCAAUAAGCUUCCACUUUUGAGUGAGCGGCUCCUCGAAGCAAUCCAAAGCAGCUAUCAGUGGAACUGGGAACGCACUGUCGGGGGAGCUGACACAACCGAUUGUCUAAACGCCCUAGUUCCCAAGAAUCGAAGCCAGGAUAUUUCGAUCACGCUGUCAGUCGGUCACGAAAACGGGGUUGAGUUGAUCGAGGAGCUAGCAGCUAUUCGCGUGUAAACCUGACCGUCGCUCCUAUCACACGAACCCUAUACCCAGCGGGGACACGUCCUGUCUCUUCCUUGGAAGGAUCGUCGUGUUCCCAAUAUGGAGGAGUUUUCAUGUCUGCGUUCGGGUCAUAGACCAUAAUUGAUUCCCCCCUUCCGAUUAUUUUCCUGUCAUAGUCCACGCCCGGGAAUAGCUUGAUGUUUAUAUACUCCUCUUUUCCCGCCAGCGCUAGGGUCCCAACUGGCAUCUAACCCACC